UGACCAACGAACUAAAAGGAUUUACUAAACUAACCAAACCCACCAUAAAAAGGGUUGGUUGAUUUGAACACACUGUUCUCUGCUUGGGUGGCAGUGCUCAACCAUGGAUACACCUCUCCCCAAACCCUCCUUCAACCCCAACAAGCAUCUCAAAGAACAAUUCGUUAGCAAUUUGACCGGAUCCUCUUUGUUCGAAAUCGUGGCUCUUACAGUAACUAUCCCUAUUUUGGUGCUUAUUCGGCACUCUUUCACCUCAGUUCCUAUAAAUGGUGACUCCCUGAAGAAGAAAAACGAUGAUCCACCAUCUGAGCAUAGGAGUUUCAAAGCUCACCUAGCUACAUUGACUUUGGAUUUUCUUGUCAUCGUUGUUCCUAUGCUCUUAUUUUUCACUGUACUUGCUGACUGGAGCUAUAUCUUCGCAAGUUUGUUCACAAUCGUAACAUUGCUUUAUAUUGCAGUGAAGAGGCCUGGAGGUUCAUCACCUGAUUUAGGAGAGCCCAAUUCUGUUAGGGCAUAUAUUACUUCCUACAGGGUUAUUGUGAUGAUUAUAACAGUCUUGUGCAUCUUGGCUGUUGAUUUCAGAAUAUUUCCUAGAAGAUAUGCGAAGACCGAAACAUAUGGAGCUAGUUUGAUGGAUCUUGGAGUUGGAGCAUUUGUUUUAGCAAAUUCACUAGUUUCUCGGCAAGCACGGAAUGUUGCUUCUGUAAAUUGGAAGACUGCAAUAGUUUCAUCUAGUCCACUUAUCUUCUUAGGAUUUUUUCGACUUGUUACAACAACUGGUGUGGAUUAUCAGGUGCAUUUGGCUGAAUAUGGUGUGCAUUGGAAUUUCUUCUUCACGCUUGCUGCUAUCUCGAUCCUUACAUCCGUUAUUAACAUUCCUCCACAAUAUUCUGGAGUUUUUGGAUCACUUGUCCUAGUAGGGUACCAGUUCUGUUUGAUGCAUGGUUUAAAUCAUUAUUUGCUUUCAAACGAAAGAGGAACAGAUAUCAUAAGUCAAAACAAGGAGGGGAUUUUUAGCAUAUUUGGAUAUUGGGGUAUGUACCUUAUUGGUGUUCAAAUAGGAAACUAUCUUCUCUUUGGAAGCCAUUCUACUGCUUUUAAGAGUAGCAGAUGCUUUCGGAUGAGAGUUUGGGUUCUAUCAAUCCUGUUCUGGUUAUUAACUGUGCUUCUAGAUAGGCUUGUGGAAAGAACUUCACGGAGAACGUGCAACCUGCCAUAUGUUACUAUGGUGUUGGCUGACAAUCUACAGCUAUUGUCAAUUCUAACACUGGCCGAUCUUAUUCCUGGAAGUAAAACUUCAGUACUUGAAGAAGCAUUUAAUCGGAACUUACUCGCUACAUUUCUUCUGGCAAAUCUUCUCACUGGGUUGGUAAACUUGUCUGUUGAUACCCUGUCUGCUUCAUCGACCACAUCUGUUUUUAUCUUGCUUGUCUAUGCUUAUAUUUUAUCAACUGUGAUUGGAAUUGCUGAUUAUUUUGAUAUAAAGUUAAAAUUUUGGUGAAGAAGCUAUUUGAUAUGUUGAGAUCUGUUGUAUUAUUUGUCCUUGUUUAUUAUAAAUAUAAGAUUUUAUUAA